GAAAAAUUAGAUAUGUCGAUGUAUCCUGUUGAAAACAUUAGAAACUUCAGUAUCAUAGCUCAUGUAGAUCAUGGCAAAAGUACGCUAGCAGACAGAUUGCUGGAAAUUACAGGAACAAUUGCUAAAACAGACCGUAAUAAACAAGUGCUGGAUAAACUGCAAGUGGAACGCGAAAGAGGAAUUACAGUUAAAGCACAAUCUGCAUCUCUCUUUUACAGUCAUGAAGGAGUAAACUACCUCUUAAAUCUUAUUGACACGCCAGGCCACGUAGAUUUCAGCUAUGAAGUAUCACGGUCACUGUCUGCCUGUCAAGGUGUCAUACUUGUAGUGGAUGCAAAUGAGGGUAUUCAGGCUCAGACAGUGGCAAACUUCUAUCUUGCUUUUGAAGCACAGCUUGCAAUAAUUCCUGUCAUAAAUAAGAUUGACUUGAAGAAUGCAGACCCUGAAAGAGUUGAAAAACAAAUUGAGAAGCUGUUUGAUAUCCCUAUAGAUGAAUGUGUAAGGGUUUCUGCUAAACAAGGAACAAAUGUUGAAAAAGUUCUUCAAAAGGUCAUUGAGAAGAUUCCACCACCCCACUGUAAUACUGCUGAUCCAUUGAAAGCCUUAGUAUUUGACUCCACCUUUGACCACUAUCGAGGCGUCAUAGCUAACAUUGCAGUCUUUGGUGGGGAGAUUCAGAAAGGGCAUAAAAUUGUGUCUGCACACACGAAGAAAAGAUACGAAGUUAAUGAAGUUGGAAUUCUGACUCCAAAUGAGCAGCCAACGCAUAAACUAUAUGCUGGACAGGUGGGCUACCUGAUUGCUGGAAUGAAAGAAGUAACAGAAGCCCAAAUAGGAGACACACUGUUUUUGUAUAAACAGCCAGUGGAGCCUUUGCCUGGCUUUAAGUCAGCGAAGCCAAUGGUUUUUGCAGGAAUGUAUCCUGUAGAUCAAACAGAAUAUAAUAAUCUCAAAAGUGCUUUGGAAAGGCUGACAUUGAAUGACUCCAGUGUAACUGUUCAUCGUGACAGUAGCCUUGCCUUAGGAGCUGGAUGGAGGCUGGGUUUCCUUGGUCUUUUACAUAUGGAAGUUUUUAAUCAACGUUUGGAGCAAGAGUAUAACAUGUCUGUUAUUUUAACUGUACCUACGGUGCCUUAUAAAGCUGUUCUUUCCUCAGCAAAGUUGAUAAAGGAGUAUGGUAAAGCAGAGAUCACUAUUAUCAACCCUGCUCAGUUUCCUGAUAAACUUUCAGUAUCUGAAUAUUUGGAGCCAACUGUUCUUGGUACUAUUGUAACACCUCAUGAAUAUAUUGGGAAAAUAAUUGCUUUGUGUCAGGAUCGCAGGGCAGUCCAGAAGGAUAUGUUGUACAUUGAUGAACACAGGGUUAUGCUAAAAUACCUCUUUCCACUGAAUGAAAUUGUGGUGGAUUUUUAUGAUGCUCUUAAGUCUCUGUCUUCUGGAUAUGCAAGUUUUGAUUAUGAAGAUGCAGGAUACCAGGCAGCAGACCUUAUCAAAAUGGAUAUUCUUCUAAACGGAAAUCCAGUUGAAGAACUGGCAACGAUCAUACACAAUGAUAAGGCAUAUGCUACUGGUAAAUUCCUGUGUGAACGUUUAAAAGAUGCUAUACCUAGACAGUUGUUUGAAAUAGCCAUCCAGGCUGCUAUUGGCAAGAAAAUCAUUGCAAGAGAAACGCUGAAAGCUUACAGAAAAAAUGUUGUGGCAAAAUGUUAUGGUGGAGACAUUACAAGAAGAAUGAAGCUUCUAAAGAGGCAGGCAGAAGGGAAGAAGUUGAUGAGAAAAAUUGGCAAUGUGGAAGUACCAAGAGAUGCCUUUAUACGUGUGUUAAAGAGACAAACUGACAAAUAGAGACUAGUAACAUGCAGCUGAUUAUUCUCUCCACUUUUUUGUAGACAGUAGUGUGAUGAGCUAAUGUAUAAUUUAGCACUGUGAGAGGGAACGUAUUUGACUAAGUGGUGUAAAUUAAGUAUAUGUGGGAACAUAAAUUGAAAGGACUGUGUACUUAAAAUGUACAGAUACUUGUAGAUUAUUAUGAAAUUAAAGUUAUUUAAUUU